GUGGGUGUGUGCGGGGGGCGGGGGGGCGGCCAAACUUCCUGUCCCGCGCUCGGGCUGCUUCCGGCGGGAGCCGGAAGGCGCUGUGUGUGGACGGAAUUCGGGACCGACUGACGGACGGAGGGACGCCUGCCCGGGACGGGAAGAGUAGUAUAAAGCCCUUGGUCAUCUUUCCCUUUGGGAGACACUCCUUUCUGUAUGGCAGACAGAACUGAGGCUAAAUUGGUUACCCACCCAGCACAGCAUCUUACAGGAAAACCAUAGCAUUUCCCAGAGAACUAUGAGCAUAACAGGAAGGUGUCAUUGACUCUGAAUUAAAUUUCUAACCUGUCCCCUGAACAGCUACAGGAUUUGGAAGCUGAAUCAAUGUUAUCAGAUGAGUUAGAAUCCAAACCAGAGCUCCUGGUACAGUUUGUUCAGAAUACAUCCAUCCCAUUGGGACAAGGGCUAGUAGAAUCAGAAGCUAAAGACAUUACUUGCUUGUCCCUCCUUCCGGUGACUGAGGCCUCAGAAUGCAGUCGGCUAAUGUUACCAGAUGAUACUCCAAAUCAUAAUAACUCCUCAAAGGAGGUGCCUUCCUCAGCUGUACUGAGAAGCCUUCAGGUGAAUGUGGGCCCAGACGGAGAGGAGACAAGGGCUCAGACUGUACAGAAGUCCCCGGAGUUUUUGUCCACUCCAGAGUCUCCUAGCUUGUUGCAAGAUCUCCAGCCGAGUGAUAGCACAUCUUUUAUUCUUCUGAACCUAACAAGAACAGGUCUGGGCUCUUCAGCUGAGCACUUAGUAUUUGUGCAAGAUGAGGCAGAGGAUUCAGGGAAUGAUUUCCUCUCCAGUGAGAGCACGGACAGUAGCAUUCCAUGGUUCCUCCGGGUUCAGGAGUUGGCCCAUGACAGUUUGAUUGCUGCUACUCGUGCACAACUGGCCAAGAAUGCGAAAACCAGCAGCAAUGGAGAAAAUGUCCACCUUGGUUCUGGUGAUGGGCAACCCAAAGAUUCUGGGCCCCUUCCUCAAGUGGAAAAGAAGCUCAAGUGUACAGUUGAAGGCUGUGACCGGACAUUUGUGUGGCCAGCUCACUUCAAAUACCACCUUAAAACUCAUCGAAAUGAUCGCUCCUUCAUCUGCCCUGCAGAAGGUUGUGGGAAAAGCUUCUAUGUGCUGCAGAGGCUGAAGGUGCACAUGAGGACCCACAAUGGGGAGAAGCCCUUUAUGUGCCCUGAGUCUAGCUGUGGUAAGCAGUUCACUACAGCUGGAAACCUGAAGAACCACCUGCGCAUCCACACAGGAGAGAAGCCUUUCCUUUGUGAAGCUCAAGGAUGCGGCCGUUCCUUUGCUGAGUAUUCUAGCCUCCGAAAACAUUUGGUGGUUCACUCAGGGGAGAAGCCUCAUCAGUGUCAAGUCUGUGGGAAGACCUUCUCUCAGAGUGGGAGCAGGAAUGUGCACAUGAGAAAGCAUCACUUGCAGAUGGGAGCAGCUGGGAGUCAAGAGCAGGAACAAACUGCUGAGCCACUAAUGGGCAGUAGCUUGCUUGAAGAGGCUUCAGUAACCAGUAAAAACCUGGUGUCUAUGAAUACCCAGCCCAGCCUUGGUGGAGAGUCCUUGAAUCUACCAAAUACCAAUUCUGUCCUAGGAGUUGAUGAUGAGGUGCUUGCUGAAGGAUCCCCACGUCCCCUGUCUUCAGUGCCUGAUGUGACACAUCACUUGGUGACCAUGCAGUCAGGGAGGCAGUCAUAUGAGGUUUCUGUCUUAACUGCUGUAAAUCCACAGGAGAGCUCGUUAAUAAAUGUUGACCACGACACCACUGCCGUGUGCCAAUCAGGUUGCAGAAGCAGCUACCAUUUACACUUACUGAGCAUGUACUUUCCCCAGUUCCUUCUUCAGAAGCGAGGCAGGAGGGCUGGCCCAGUCACCUGCUCCUCUCCCAGGUCUCCCCAUCUCAGAGGAAGGCCCCAACACCCACCAACUGCCCAAGCCCAUGGCCCAAAUCAUUCUUGACUCCUCCCUCAUCUCAUCAGUCACAAGUUCUGUGGUCUCCUGCUCUUUAACCACAUUCCAGUCCAGUCUCUUUUCACUGUCCCUGCUAUGAGUUUCAAAAUUUCUCAACUGAAUUGUUGCAACUAGCCUCCUAUAAAUCAACAUCCCUCCAUUCUUGCCCUCCCCCUUUAAUUAUCUCCACAGCAGAGUGAUCUUUCUGAACUGCAUGUCUGAUCAUAAGCCACCCUAUUUAAACCCUUCAGUGGCUCCCUGGUGCCCUUAGCAUGAAGUCUAAACUCCCUCCCAUGGCCCACAAGGCUCCUGUGGCUGGCUGGUGCCUGCCUCUGCCUCUCCACGCCCUCUUCUCUCUACCCUCGACCUUUCCAUCCUUGAAUGUGCUCAGCCUUCUCUUACCUCCAUGCUGUAUCUCUUCCUGGUACACUCCUCCUCCCUCUUCAUUGAGGGAGGCCCAUCCUUCAGGGUCAGCCCCAGUGCUCCCUUUCCCUGGGGACCUUCCCUAACUCUUCUUACUCCG